AUGGAGCUGUCGCGGGCCGGAACAUCCGCCGAGGCCGGAGGCGGCGCGGAUCAUCGGCCCACCGCCGCGCAGGAGCACCAGCCGGCCGAGGCGGGCUCAUGGCUGUGCUGCGCGCCUUGCCACUGGCUGCGCCGCAACAACGGCGUCCACAAGGCGUCGCUGAGCGUCGCGACGCUGGUCGUCACCUCGCUGCUCGUCGCCUCGCCGGUCAUCUUCCUCAUCAGCAGCGCCCCUGGCGGCGGCAACCGGCCCGGCCGCUGCGGCCGACAGGACGAAGACGGCUGCGCGCGGGGCGAGGCGGGGGGUGGAGCGGCUUCGGCGGCGGCGGCGGCGGGGGACGGCGGUCCGGGGGCGGCGUGCCGCAGCGACGCGUGCCGGGAGGCGGCGGCGCGCGCGCUUGCCGCCGCCGCCCUGACGCGCGACCCUUGCCGCGACUUCCACCAGUUCGCGUGCGGCGGCGGCGGCGGGGGCGGCGGAGGCGGCGAGCCCGGGGGCGGCGGGGCGAGCCUCGCCACCCUCCAGCCACACGUGGACCUACAGCUGCAGCAUCUUCUGGAGUACGAAACGAACGAUGGUUUAUAUUAUAAGUUGGGAGUAUUUUACAGAAGUUGCCUUCAGAUGAGGAAGAAGAGCUAUUCGGCAAAACCAAUGCUGGCGCUGCUCGACGAGCUGGGCGGCUACCUGCCCCCGGGUUCGGCGACCCCCAAGGACCUGCUCACCCCGCUGGUCGCCAAGCUGCUGCAGGUGGACGGGACGCCGCUGUUCGACGCCUACCUCGACCGCGACCCGCGGGACGCGCUCCGGCUGGCCGCGCACGUCGACCUGCCCCGGCGCCGCGGCCACGCCGCCCGGCUGAUGCGCGCGCCGCUCCCUCGACCGCUCUUCGAUUUCAUUUCUUCUUUGUAUCCGCUGUGGAUUUUCAGCUCGCCAGACUUAGAACGACACAAGAGAAAUUCUAACAAGGAGAGUCGUGCUUAUACUUACAUGAAGGUAAAAAUGGACAUGGCGGAGGAGAGGCGGCUACUGGGGAUGGAGUCCUUGUUACGUCACUUCCUGCCCGCCGACAUGCCCCCUGGCACGAAGGCCAAGGAAGCCCAGAGCAUACUGCUGUUCGCCUCCAUGCUCAGCAAGAUCCAGUGGAAAGCCCUCCUGGACGAACUGUUCGCCACGAACUUCACGGAGAGCGACGUGGUCUACGUCGGGGCGGCCAACUACUUGGAGAGUCUGCAGCGCCUGCUGUCGCACUUCCAGCAGAGGGUGGUGCACAACGCUCUGCUGGCCGUGUACGCGGCCGACGCGCUCCAGCGGCUCAUCAACGCCUCGGCGGCUCCUGAUUGGCCGGCCUUCUGCGCGCGCCUCACCUGCGGUGCCUUCCCGCGCGUCGCCAGCGCGCUCUACGUGCGCCAAUUUGACCCGGACCACCUGCAGCACCUCGAGGCCCAGGUGUCGGCGGUGUUCGCGCGCGUCAGGGCGGCGCUGCUGUCCCGCGUGAGGUCCCUGGCGUGGCUGGACGACGCGACGAGGGCGUCGGCCGUCCGACAGCUGGAGUCGCUGGGCGGCCAGUUCUCCGCCUGGCCGUCGUUGUCCAACGAAACGUACGUGGCCUCGCUCCUGCGUCACGUGCAGGUAGACGAUAACGACUUCUUUGGAAACGUCAUAAGAAGAUAUCGUCAACUUAGAAAAUCCGUCCUUCCCGAUUUUCACAGCCAGCCUCAGGACAAUCAAAUUCGUUGCUUGGCCUGCUUGAUCCCGCUGGCCGUGCUGGCGCAGCCGCACCUGGCGGAGGGCCUGCCAAGCUACGCGCGCUACUCCACCCUGGGGCUGGUGCUGGCCCACGAGGCGCUGCACUCCCUUGACCCGAGCCGCGGCUGGUUCACCCCCGGGGCGCGGCUGCGGCUCGAGGCGAGGCUCGACUGCGUCGCGCGCCGCUACUCGUCGGGGCUCGCGCGCCGGGUCAGCUUCCUGGGCGCGCCCGUCGACGUGCAGUUCGACUGGAACCUGACGCGCGACGAGAACGUGGCGGACGUGGGCGGCCUGGAGGUGGCCUACCAGGCGUGGCGCGCCUCGGAGGAGGACCCUGACGAGCCGGGGCCCGACCAGCGACUGCCCAGGGUCGGCCUCGCCAAGCGGCAGCUGUUCUUCCUGCUGGCGGCGCAGAAUUACUGUUCAAACCUUAGUCCAGAAGACUAUAUUCUGCUAGUGGAGAUGGAUUUCCACACGCCAUAUCCAGAAAGAGUGAACGGGAUGAUGAUGAAUUCGCCAAGCUUCGCAGACGCCUACAGCUGUCCGCUAGGGUCCAGAAUGAACCCGGCGAGAAAGUGCUCUGUGUGGUAG